AUGGCACAUCCACCAAAUGGAUAUCACAAUGCGUUUUUACACAGAGACCUUAAUGAGGAAGUAUACAUGACUAUGCCACCUGGUUUUGAGAGCGAAAAACCCAAUCAAGUUUGCAGACUUCUAAGGUCUUUGUACGGGUUGAAACAGUCAAGUCGGCAAUGGAAUGCCAAACUCAGCACUGCUCUGGUUCAUGAUGGAUUCAAACAGUCCACCGUCGAUCCGUCUUUAUUCACUAAAGGUGAUGGUAAAGAUAACUUCAUUGCUCUCCUUGUUUACAUUGAUGAUAUCCUUGUUACAAGUGCAAAUAUGGAGCUCAUCCAAAGUCUCAAAAAGUUUCUGGAUACUGCAUUUAAAAUAAAAGAUUUGGGGCCCUUGGGCUAUUUUUUGGGAAUAGAAGCUCAUAGGAUAUCAGAUGGUUUAAGCUUAAACCAACGCAAAUAUGCCCUCAAAAUUUUGGAUGAAGCCGGCUUUCUGGACAGUAAACCAACAAACACACCAAUGGUUCAAGGAUUGAAAUUGGUACAUAAUGAGGGAGUGCCUAUCACUGAUGCUAGCAUGUACAGGAGAUUAGUUGGGAGAUUACUAUAUCUCACCGCAACUAGACCUGACAUUACAUUUGCUGUACAACAACUAAGCCAAUAUGUGGAUGCUCCUACGGAUAUACAUCUAUUUGCUGCUUAUAGAGUACUCAGAUACAUCAAGAACUCACCAGGGCAGGAGUUGUUCUAUCUUACAGAUUCUGACCUGCAGCUCAAAGCCUUUUCGGAUUCCGAUUGGGCUACAUGCACUGAAACACGUAAAUCCGUUACUGGAUAUUGCAUAUUUCUUGGUUCUUCUCUCAUUUCAUGGCGUUCGAAAAAGAAACCAACUGUCUCCCGAUCCAGCUCUGAAGCCGAAUACCGUGUUCUUGCAGCCACUGUCUGCGAAAUUCAAUGGUUGACAUAUCUGCUUAAUGAUCUUAAGGUCCCCACGACCAAACCAGCAACCCUCUUCUGUGAUAACAAAUCGGCGGUGGCCAUUGCAGAAAACCAUGUCUUCCACGAACGCACAAAACAUAUCGACAUUGAUUGUCAUGUCGUUAGAGAAAAAUUCACCCAAGGUUUAAUAAAGCUUCUGUCUGUCACCUCCGAAAACCAGCUUGCCGAUGGAUUCACAAAACCCCUCCCUGCUUCAUCGUUCAACCACUUCAAAUCUAAACUGGGCACACAUGACUCAUAUGCUCCAGCUUACGGGGGGGGGUGUAUUGAAGGAUACAUACCAGCCAAAUGA